AUGGCUGCCGAAAGAACGAUACUAGUACUACUGGUGGUUGUGUUGGGAGUAAUAGUUGAAGUUCAAAGUUCACCGUUACUAGAAAAGGAAAACGAGAAUGAUACGGAAGUAGCAUCAGGAAGACAGCGAGGGCCUUUCCAUUCUGCAGUUUACCCAUUCGGAUGGGGAUGGGGCAUUGCUGCGUUUGUGAUAGCGAUCGUGAAGGGUGCGUUCUGGCUCGGUAUCAUCAUGAUCUGGGCAUUCUUUAAAGGAUUCCCAGCCAAGCAUGGCUGUGCACCGAUUAUUUUGCGAGAGUCCGUACCGUACUACCACGAUCACCAUCACGAUCAUCAUGAGGAAAUUAUUUGGGACAAACCACCACACCGUAGGCGUUCGAUCCGAGAAGCGGUACAACCGGGCGAAGAGUCCGAUCUACUACUUACCGACAUGAUGACGGAUUUGGCGUUUAGUUUUCUCGGUGUACAUACGACCGAUUGCCGGAAGCGGUUUGUGUGUGAGGUAGACGUGAGGGCUAAGAGUGACUUUCUGCUGAAGCUUGGUACGCGUAUGUUAGGGGUAGAUAUCUUCCGGAAGUACCGAUCGCCGGAUGAUGUUUCGGCUGAAAGCAUUGAACAGUGUGGCGAGUUGUAUCGGAUGUGUAAGGCGCAAGGAAGCUCAAUUACGAUGAACGUGUUUGAGGGACAAAUGCAAGGAUCGAUUGAUGAGUAUGAUGACGCUGAAGGGAACCAGGACCAACAACUAUAA